UUGUAAUUGAUGAUCUUAAACAGGAUCAGAUAAUGCAGGUUCUUUAUUCUCUGCCCCAGACUGAAAAUGGACUUUCUCUAAAGUCUCGGAAUACCCCCUCCCCCUUUUCUUCAUUCAUGCUUUCUUUUUCAAUUUCUUAUUCUGGAAAUGGGGAUGAAUCCAGGCUCCCAAUGAUAAAUCCAGUCUCCAUGGCUACGCAUUGCUCUCAGCUCGUCUGAUAUCUGAGGGGCCUCCACCACCUGUAUAUGUGUACGUAUAAUUGUUGUAUACAUCUACGCUUUUGUCUGUGUGCGUUUUGUACAUUUUGUGUGUGGAUUUUCCCGCUCCCCCCUCUGUUAUGUUGUUCGUCGGGAAGCUUAAAAUUGAAAGCUGGAAUCAUACGAUCUUAUCUGUUAAUGGAGUGAUUCAUGUGGAAAAAGAACCCGUUUUUAUUAGUUGAUUGAUAAGGGAAAGGGAGAAAGAAAUGUAUGGCGCAAGGGCUCAUACUCAGAGCCUGAAGGAUUUGGCGUUAGAAUACGGGUCUCAGAUCACGACACUCCGACCGAGCAUUUACGCCAGGAGGGCGAACCUGACGGUGAAAUUCCAGGAUCUGUAUGGUUUCACGGUGGAGGGAAAUGUGGAUGAUGUGAAUGUGUUGAAUGAGGUGAGGGAGAAGGUGAGGGAGCAGGCGAGGGUAUGGUGGUCAUUGGAGGCCAGCAAGGGUUCCAAUUGGUACCUCCAAACUCAUGUCUACUCAACUCUCAAGUCUUCCCUCAAGUUCUCUGCUCUUGUCAAUGCCAUCACCCUCAAGCGCCUCAUCCGUAAGGGCAUCCCUCCCGCCCUCCGCCCUAAGGUCUGGCUUGCCCUUUCUGGUGCCGCCAAGAAGAAAUCCACCGUCCCGGAGAGCUAUUAUGAUGAUCUCACCAAGGCCGUCCAGGACAAGGUCACCCCUGCCACCAAGCAGAUUGAUCAUGACCUGCCGCGUACUUUUCCUGGUCACCCAUGGCUGGACACGCCGGAGGGUCAUGCUGCUCUUAGGCGCGUUCUUGUUGUUUAUUCUUUCCGUGAUUCUGAUGUUGGCUACUGUCAGGGUUUAAAUUAUGUUGGAGCUUUACUAUUGCUUGUGAUGAAAACUGAAGAAGAUGCUUUCUGGAUGCUUGCUGUCCUUCUAGAGAAUGUGCUAGUCAAUGAUUGUUAUACAUACAAUUUAUCUGGAUGCCAUGUUGAACAAAGAGUGUUUAAGGAUUUGUUAAGAAAAAAGUGUCCAAGGAUAGCCUCAAAUUUGGAUGCUUUGGAGUUUGAUGUAUCUCUUGUUUGUACAGAAUGGUUUCUCUGUCUCUUCUCCAAGAGUUUACCUUCUGAGACAACCUUGCGUGUCUGGGAUGUCCUAUUCUAUGAAGGGGCAAAAGUCCUAUUUCAUGUUGCGUUGGCAAUUUUUAAGAUGACCGAAGAAGAAUUGGUAUUGGCGCACCAAGUUGGAGAUGUAAUAAAUAUUGUACAGAGGACCACUCAUCACCUUUUUGAUCCCGAUGAUUUAUUAACGGUAGCUUUUGACAAGAUAGGCUCAAUGACAACCACAGCUAUAUCAAAACAUAGGAAAAAGCAGGAGCCAGCGGUGUUGGCGGAGCUGGAUCAGAGAUCAAGACGGUUGUACUCAUAUGGUGAGGAUGAAGGAAGAUGACAACUAGGCAUGCAAAUGUGUAAUUGUAAGGUAUCAUACUACAAAAUACAUUUUUUCCCUUUUUAUCUUUUCUCGGGGGCAUUCUACUUCCGGGCUUGUUAGCAGAUAAAAUGAAUUUGGGCCUUUGUUGUGGAAUUAUGUGAAGUUUGUAACUAAUCCAUGUACCUAGUUAUCAUCCGUGGUUUUGUAAUAUUUGUAAAUGAAACCUUUCCUCCAUUUUUGGUUAUGGAUAUCUCAUAUCUCAUC